ACUGAAUAUGGAGCACAGCCACCACAACAUGGACUACACAGCAAGUAACGGGAUUUGAUUUAAAGUUUACACCCAUUAUAUUAAAUCGACCAGGAGCCAUCGGAUCUCUGCAGAUGUCUGUGUUUGACGACACGUCGCCUCAUUCAGAAGCUCUCUGCUGGUUUGUGCUGGGAAGUGUCAUUGUGUAGUAAGUGAGGGAAACCAUUGACACUUAUGUUGUGGCUGGGAACACUGGAGCAAUGUGAAGUCGCUUUACACGCGCGGGCACCUUGGUUAUUAUUUGGUAGAGCAACCUCACAGGGAGAAAUAUAACUUCCUUCCUGCUGUGUCACCCAAUCGACAAUGCACGAGUCUGGCCGCAGGUUUCUGAGAAAAAAAGGUAGUUGCAUCUGUGAUAUGGCAUCUCCGAAGACUGUGCUGGAGUGGUGCCGCGUCACAUGCGCCAAUUACCCCAACGUGGAGAUAAAGAACAUGUCAACCUCCUUCAGGGAUGGACUUGCAUUUUGUGCCAUCAUCCACAAACACCGACCUGACCUGAUAGAUUUCAGCUCCUUGUCCAAAGAUAAUGUUUAUCAGAAUAACAAACUGGCAUUUGAUACAGCAGCGAGGGAGCUGGGCAUCCCCCCGCUGCUGGACCCAAAGGACAUGUUGUCCACCAAGGUGCCUGAUUGCUUGAGCGUCAUCACCUACCUUUCCCAGUACUACUACUACUUCAACAGGAAGUUUUAUGGUGUACUAGCCGGUCUCGCCAGUUUGAAGUCAUCACAUGUCGCUUUUCUAAACAACCUCACAAAGACUAAAAGUCCGGAUAGUCUCAAACCCCUGAAGAGUCUGACUCAUCUGGAAACCAGUAGAGAAGAUCGUUUGUCCAACGCGAGGCCACGGACGGUGUGUAGUUUGUGUUUUAGGCCUGUUCACCUGAUCCAGAGACAUCUGAUUGACGGGAAGGUCUACCAUCGCAGCUGUUUCAGGUGCAAAGUAUGCUGCAGCACUCUGCUACCAGGCUCUUACACACAGGGAAGUGAUGCUGGCUCCUUGAUCUGCACUCACCACUUAACAGACAGUGAAAGUACCCGCGUUGACCUCAGCCAGCCAGUCAGAUCUGCUGAGAGUCGACCCAAACGUGAUUAUCAGUCAGGUUAUUUUUCUCUGGGUGGAUCGGCUAUUAGCAGCGUCCCUCAUUACACUAAGAAAACAGAGUCACAGGAUAGACUGGUUUGUAAAACAAUAGAGACCGAGGGGAAAGAAAGGCAGGAGAGGAUCAAAGAGGUGAAAGAGGAAGGAAACAGAGACUCACCUGUUGGACCGAAGAAGCCAGCGCGUCCUCGUCUUCCUGGAAAAGCUGGAUCGGCACCCAUUCCGACAGAUAGCAAGUCACAACAGGAAGGGGCAAAGACUCAAGAGACAUCUGAGCUCUCUUCACAGUGUGAACGAGCGACAGAAGGAAGGAGUCGGCCGGUUCCAGCACCCAGGAGACUGUUGGACUCUUCUGUAGCCCCUGUUCCUGCACCCAGGAACAAAACGGCCCAGCCCAUGUACAGCUCCCGCUCUGCAGGUUGGCCACCCAGCCAAGAUAGAUGUUCACCCGUCUCAUCUCGUGUCACCAGCCCGACCAGGGAUAGCCCCAGGGUGCAAACCAACCAUCCUUGGUUAUCCAUCGUCCAUCCUGGACCCUGGACACAACUGCCUCCAAUUGAAUCUCCUCUACUCAUUCCUCGAUACAAAUCUAUCCCUAAGCAGCGAAGAUCAUGCCCUCGACCCAGAGUUCGUCCUCCCAAUCCAUUUGCAGAGGUCGUGAAUGAGGAGGCUCUGGAGAAGGUCACUGAACCUGAACCUGAACCUGCAGCUGUUAGUGAAGGGAUUGGGGAAACAGUUGCUGUAGUUUGUGCUGGAUAUGCUGCCAUUGAAUGUACACCUGAAGAGACUGUUGGAGCUUCAAGUGAACCAGCGAAAGAAACUUGUGUUGUAUCAGAUUUGGAUAAAACUGAAAACAAAGCAGGUUCACUCCCAGAUGUGACAGACGCAGCAGCAGCAGCAGGGCUGUGUGCCACUUUAGGUACAGAAGAAGCAACAGGGCUGCAUGCCACUUUAGAUACAGAGGAAGCAGCAGCAAUUCUGUGUGCCACUGUAUAUACAGAAGAGGCAGCAGGGCUGUGUACCAUUUCAGAUAGAGAAGAAGCAGCGGCAGGGCUGUGUGCCAUUUCAGAUAGAGAAGAAGCAGCAGCAGGGCUGUGUGCCACUGUAGAUACAGAAGCAGCAGCAGCAGCGGCAGGGCUGUGUGCCAUUUCAGAUAGAGAAGAAGCGGCAGGGCUGUGUGCCAUUUCAGAUAGAGAAGAAGCAGCAGCAGCAGCGGGGCUGUGUGCAACUUUAGUCACAGAAGAAGCAGCAGCAGCAGGGCUGUGUGCCAUUUCAGGUACAGAGAGAGAGCCACAGAGCCACAUUUUACCCAGGAGUGUUUCUGUGCCUGCUAUCACAUCUGCUCCCUUGACGGAGGCAAAUGAAUAUGGUCAGGUCACUUCAUCUCUAAGUAAGCUGGCCUGCAGAGAGAAUCCCUUUGAUCGGAAACCUGCGAUGCUCAAAUCAAAGAGCUGUCAGGUCCUCCCAUCGACACGGGGCCCUGCCCCCGGACAUGGCUUCCCACUCAUCAAGAGGAAGGUGCAGACAGACCAGAAUGUGUCCACAGAAGACCUGCAGGUGGAGAUCAGAGAGCUGGAUAAACAUCUGGAGGCACUGGAACAAAGGGGAGUCGAGCUGGAGGGAAAUCUGAGAGACAACAAGAAUGGUAAAGAGGAGGAACAGAUGCUGGUGGAGUGGUUCUCUCUCAUCCAUGAGAAACAUGUUAUGAUGCGCAAAGAAACAGAGCUGGUUCACCUGAAAAAGCAGCAGCAGUUAGAGGAGAGGCAGGCGGAUGUGGAGUAUGAGCUCAGAUGUCUCCUCAAUAAACCAGAGACUGACUGGAGUCAGGAGGAUCGAGUUCGGGAGCAGCAGCUGAUGGAUGAGCUGGUCGCCGUCAUCGAAAAGAGGAACGAGAUCGUCAGCAGCUUGGAUCAGGACAGGCAGAGGGAAAGAGAAGAAGAUGAUCUUAUGGAGGCUAUGAUGAAAAACAAAGAGUUCCAGAAAGAGGGACUAAAAGAGCUAAAGAAGUCAAAAGGAAAGUUCAAGGCCACAAAAAUGUUUAAGCUGCUGAACCAGAGAGCAGAGAGCACCAAAGACUCUGUGGACCAGAAGAGCUGAAGCACUGUCAAGACUGCCGAAACACAUACUUUUGAAAUGAUGAAGAUGAUAGAAGCAAAAAAGUGGAAUAUGAUCACAACAUGUAAUACUUUAUAAAUGUUAUGUUGAAGAGCUGUAUAGAAAAAAGGAAAUAUCAUUCUCAGUGCAAAUGUUUCAUUGUUUUCUCUUCCGUGUUUCUUUACUUUCCCUAUCUCCUACAUAUCAAUAUUUGUGCUUUUAUUUUAUUCCAUUAUAUACUUUUAUCAGUGAAAGUAUGCAAUAUUGUAUUUGGAAGUUUUUUGUCUUGUUUGUGUCAAAGAAUUGUAUAUUUUAUGAUUAAACAGGUCUCAUCUCA